AUGGACGAAGCGGUCGAGGAGAGCGCCCGCAAGAACCUCAUGGAGAGAUUCCUCAAGCGCGGCCGCGUAGAGAGCGUCAAUUGCGAGCCAAAUAUGUGGACCACUCAAGAAGGAAGUGGAGAGAAGGAGGACCAUCGGAAGAUGCAGCUCAACAGCUCGUUUUGCGCUAAUACAAUGAGGGACAAGGUCGCUCCUGCUGGAGCAGGGAGAGCAGAUUGGAUGCUGCAUGGUGCAGCGUUCGUGGUGCAAGAAAAGGCUCUACGUCGACCGCGGUCUUUGCCAAAUCUUACGAAGCAGGCGGACGACAAAAUGAUCACUCGCAUCUUUCCAGAUAUAUGCCCACGAGAACUGCGUAUUGCAGAAGUGAAGUUGUGGAAGUGUCCGUGGAUGAGUGAAGACUGUUUGACUUCUAAGGAGAUCGAGGCAGCCCCAGAAAUGCUGGAACAGCUGCAAAAUCAAACAACAGAUCAAGACACGAGAAAAUUGAGUGAUUUUGCGGUGCAGGCUUCGUCUACUCAUGCAGAGUCUAGCGUUCCAGAGUCAGCAUCGACAAUAAGCGAGGAAAAUGGACGUUGCCGGACUGAUGUGGAUGACUGGGCGAACCAAAAGGAUAGUGCGGCAGAAAAGAUAAGCAACGAGGUUGCCGCGACAGCCGAUUUGUCAUUACUAGAAGAAAAAGAACCACGACGGUUUGUGCCACCAGCAACAAGGGAGUGGUUCUCAUCCGAAGGCUUGCCGCCUCCAGUGCCACCCAUUGCGCGUAGUCCUGCACCACUGUGGAAAGCUGUCGAGUCAACAAACGGAAGCUCCAACAGUCGCGUUCGUAAGCGUCCUCAGCUACGACUGAAGUUGGAAGACAUGCCUACACCUCAACAAGCGGAAGAACGGGCCCAGCGAGCUGCGACUCGACUUAUUGCGAAGCGAGAUGCAAUAGAGGCUGCAGUUAUUGCAGCUGAAACGUUGUCGGGGCAAAACCACUUUGGAGAUGGCCCCAGUGCCGCACAGCAAGCGGUGAUGAAAUUGAAUCUCAGUUCAGGAUCAGAGUCGGCCCUUCAAUCUCCAGACGACGGCGAGCGACAUAGUGCAGGAAGUGCUUAUUCUCCCAAUCACGGCAUGUUUACUACCAAAAAUGUGGCAGUAUCAGAGGCAGGUAUCUCGUCACCCGAUGCUGCUUGCUUGCACCUACAAGAAAACCUUGAGCGUGUAAAAGAGGUUGGUCGGGGCGCUUCUGGUGUUGUAUAUAAGGCGAUUCACAUCCCGACGCUCAAAGUUGUUGCAGUCAAGGAUGUACCCGUUUACGGGCGUGGCCAGCGACGACAAAUGGUGCGUGAGCUUCAUGCGCUAUAUUCCAACCUUGUACCCAUGGCAGACAAUGACAGCCCGAUACCGCAACGUUUUUCGACCGGAAAAAGCGCGGGUAAACCCAGAGCAAGACCCAGUCCGUACAUUGUAUCCUUCUAUGACGCAUUUGUCGAUCGUCCAAGAAACUCUAUUUGUAUGGUCAUGGAAUAUAUGAGUACAGGAUCGCUACAAGAUAUUAUUUUACGUGGCGGCUGCCGAAGUGAAAGAGUUUUAGCACGGCUGGCGACCGGUGUACUGCGCGGCUUGUCUCAUAUUCACAAGAAGCGAAUGGUGCAUCGCGACAUCAAGCCGCAUAACUUGCUCACGAACCGGCAGGGCGAGGUCAAGAUUUCGGAUUUCGGCUUAGCGCGUACCCUGAAUGACAAUUCUACCUCUACAAAAACGUUUGUGGGCACCUUGCUUUACAUGGCUCCUGAACGGAUAGGUGGCGGGGAUUAUUCCUACCCAGCUGAUGUAUGGUCCUUUGGACUUGCCAUGAUUUCUGUUGCCUUGGGUCGGUAUCCGCUGCCCACGCAGGAUGGAUUCUUCGGUUUGGUUGACUUCGUUGCAAACGAGCAAUGCCUCAAGCUGCCGGCUGAUAUUUAUUCUGAAGAAUGCCGUUCUUUCGUCGAUCAGUGCGUGACACAUGACCCGAUCGAUCGGCCUUCGGCAGAUGCACUUCUUCAGCAUCCUUUCAUUCACAAGUAUACGGAUGAGGAAACCCUCGAGGAGUGGACAUCGUUCAUCGACCGGGUGCACCUUUGCGAAGAACGGCGUAGCGAAUUGGAAUCCCUGGGUGACGCAGUCUAUCGUCAUAUGUACGAGCACUCGGUGAAGUUCUCGCACACCCCGCAGUCGGACUCUGGAGUAUCAUUCGUGUCCCAAGCGACACCCAUGUUUUGCCGACGACAAGUGUUUCUUCGACCAGUGCAAGUGAGCUUACAACUGGGCCUCGCUACCUACUUAGAUGUGCCUGUACAUUUGGUCUACGAGAAAUUUGAAGAGAAACGUAGUUAUUACAGCGACAAACUGUUGGAAAAUUAUUGCUACUCUCCACAAAGUUGGACGGCCUCGCCAGGAAUUUCACGACGUCAGCAAUUCGGCAUCGGUGCUGACAGUCCACAACGCACACCGCGCGAAAGGGGCUCAUUCUGGCGAAAGCUGCAGGAGAGCAUGUCGAAACUUGGGCACAGCAAGCGUAGAAAAGAGCGAGAACGACGACGCUCUGCCGCAGCAUUAUAG